AUGGUGGGGCUGAGCCGUAUCGGAUCGCGGCGACACCACAAGGUGCUUGCCCCCAACGGUGGCAAGUUGCUGGCUGCGAGUUGCCUGCUGCAAGUUGCAAGUUGCAAGAGGCCAGUUUGCAGCUGCAAGCUCAAAAGCGUCCCAACUGGAAUAAUGCCGCUCAUACGGGUACUGGCCGCCAUCGCCUGCUGUUGCCUCCUGGCGACCCACUGCAGCGGCGAGGAGGUCGAGGCGGCGGCCACCAAGGCCGCGGACAAGGUCGAGGCCAGCGCCACCGCCAAGCUGACCCCCAGCAUCGAGGAGGACUCCAAGAGCAAGACGGAGAAGCGCGACUCAUCGGAUCAGACAGGUGGCCCCUACCUGAGCCUCUCGAGCAAGGACCCGCCGUUCCGGCCGAUCUAUCCGCCCAGCAGCCACCACUUUGAGGCGGAGCCGCCGACGCCCAUCUUCGGGCCCACCACACUGCGCUACACGGCAGCGGAGGCGGCACCUCCGCCCACCUCCCCCCAGGCCUACUACGGACCGAAGGCGCCACCGCAGCACCGCUUCAGCUUCCAAGUGCCGCCGCAAGUGGAACCCUAUCAGCGGCAAGUGGCAUUCAAGCCGACUGCCGCACCUCUGCCGCCACCGCAGGCCCAGUCGAUUUUCAAUUACGGCGAGCUGGAGCCGGAGGCGGGCGCCACCGCGCCGCUGAGCCACCACCAGCACCAUUCCCAUCCCAAUCCCGGCCAGCAUUCCAAGUAUCUGCAGCAGCCGCCGCCGCAGCAGAAGUUGCAGCAGCGCAUCCAGUACAUCAUUGCCAUACCGCUGUCGUACAUGCGGCAGUUGCAGCAGCAGCAGCAGCAGCAGUUGCAGCAGCAACAACAGCAGCAGCAGCAGUUCCUCUACUCCCCAGCACCACCACCAGCCAGUGGCUCGAGCAGCACCACCAGCACGGCCCCACCAGCCCAGCAAUCCUCGCCCACCGGCAGGCAUCCGGUGGUGCAGUUGCUCGGAGGCCCCCUUGCCCGCGACCACCAGGGUCAGUACAAGCCGUACUACCAGUCGGAUGCCGCCAGUGCACCACUGGCCGGACCCACUGCACCGCUGAUCCACCAGCCCUACCUGCAAAUACCCACCAGCCUGCUCAUGGCCGCCGCCCAGCAGCUGCAGCAGCAGCACCACCAGCAGCAGCCCGUCUACGCCAAGGUGGCCGCACCACCAGCGCCACCCACCUACCAGCCCGCCCAGCUCCUCUACCAGCCGCAGGGGCACCACCAGCAGCCGCAGAUCCAGCUGCAGCUGCAGCGGAUCUUCCUGCAGCAGCCGCAGCCCCAGCAGUCCACCAUCUACGCGGAGCAGCCGGGUCCACUUUAUGCGUAUCCGCUGCAGCAGCAGCAACAGCAAUAUCAGAGGCCGCAGCAGCAACAGUCCUUGAAACAGUCGCAGCAGCAGCAGCAACAGCAACACAAAUACACGCCUGCAGCGCCCACGGCACCGACACCAUUGACAACAUCAACAACGAGCACGGCAGCAACAUCCGAGGCAGCAGCAGCAACGGCAACGGCAACACAUCAGGCUGCAGCGACGGCAACGCGCCAGCAACACUUGCCCCUGGUGCACUACAAUCCCAUUUACGUGCAGGCGCCCCCCGAGCAGCAGCAGCAGCAGCCACAGCAGCAGCAACACCAAUUUGCCAUAUUGCCACGUUUUAGCAAUAAUAACCCCAAGGCCGUCUACAGCAUGGCCCACGAAUCGGCGGCUCCGGCUCUUUCGCCCAUUCACGUGGUCAGAUUGUCGCCGGCGAACGGUCCUCCGAUCCAUCACUACCACCACUACCAGCCGACCUCGAUGUUGCAGCCGGUUUAUGCCCAUCCCCACGCGCCCCAUGCCCCGCAGCAAUAUGUGUCGUCCUAUGGGGCGGGCGAAGAAGGACACAAGUCGCAGGCACCCGUCGCCAUUUCCGGUUCCGGUUCCCUUUUAGCCGGACCCACGCCCUCGCCCCUGAUGACCGCAGGUUCGCAGCCGGCCAUUAUACCAUACUUCAGCCAUCCGGGUGCCGUGCAUUAUGGCACGCAUUUGUACCACCCGGGAGCGGCAACAGCAUUGGGUGCCACGGCAGCAACAUCGGGCGCAGGAGCAGCAGCAGCAGCAGCAGCAACAGGACCAGCAGGACACAGGGCAGGAGCAGCAGGAGCCAGGGCAGCUGGACCAAAGCAACAGACGACCGCAACAAGUGGGGGACAGCUGCCAGGUGACAGCAACAAUAUUGUGAAGUAUCCCUAA